AUGGAGUCUAUUAUAAAUUUAAUAUUUUAUAUAAUUAUUUUUUUAAUUUUAAUUGAUUUUUUAAAAAAGAAUAUAUCUUUUAGGAAAAAUGAGCCACCAAGAGGAGGUGUUGCAUUUCCAAUAUUUGGAGAUUUACCAAAAUUAGGAGAGAACCCUCACAGAUAUUUAACAAACUUGGCAAUGAAAAAAGGAGGAAUCUAUUCAGUUUGGUUAGGAGAUGAAAAAGUUUUCAUUUUAACUGACCCAGAAGCAGUUAGAGAUGCAUGGGUUAAACAGUUUAGAAAUUUUAGUGACCAUCCAAAAACAAAAAGUGUUAGAAUAUUUUCCGGUAAUUUUAAUGAUAUGGCCUUCGCUGAAUAUUCUCAAUGGAAAAUAAAUAGUAAAUGGGUAUCAUCUGCCUUCACAAAGACAAAAUUAAAAACUAUUGGUGAUUUAAUUGAAAAGGAAUCAAAUUAUUUUAUUGAACAUUUAAAAGCUUAUUCAAAUUCUGGUCAACCAAUAUUCCCAAAACCAUACAUAAGUAAAUUUGGAAUUAAUGUUAUUAGUGGUAUGAUGUUUAGUCAAGUUAUAUCAAAAGAUGAAAGUGUUGAUAAAGGUGCAAUGGAGAAAUUAACAGUUCCAAUUCAAGCAGUUUUUAAAAGAUUAGGAGCUGAUAAUCUUGAUGAUUUCAUUAGCAUUUUACAACCAGUAUUUUAUUUUCAAAAUGAAAAAUUUAAAAGACAAGUUCAAGAAAUUUAUGAUUAUUUAGAAGGAAUUUAUAAUCAACAUGAUACAAAUUUAGAUACUGAAAAUCCAAAGGAUUUAAUGGACUUAUUAAUUAUCUCAACUGAAGGUAAAGAAAGAGAUAUGAUUAUUCAUAUUGGUAUGGAUUGUUUAUUGGCUGGUAGUGAUAGUACUUCUGCCACAUGUGAAUGGUUUUGUCUAUUUAUGAUAAAUAAUCCAGAUGUUCAAAAGAAAGCAUAUCAAGAAUUAAUUAAUGCACUUAAAGAUGAAGAUAAUAAAAAAUUCAUCCCAAUCUCUAAAAAAGAUAAUUGUCCAUAUAUGUUAUCCAUCUUUAAAGAAGUUCUCCGUUUAAGACCAGUUGGUGUAUUAGGUAUUCCUCGUGUUGCUUUAGAAGAAACAACUAUAAUGGGUUAUACAAUUCCAAAAGGAUCUCAAAUAUUUCAAAAUGUUUAUGGAAUGAGUCAUCUCUUUGUAUCUGAUCCUUAUAAAUUUAAACCAGAAAGAUGGAUUGAAUAUAAAAAACAAAAAGAUCUUUUAAAAGAAAAAGAAAUGCAACAAUUACAAGAAGGUGCUGAUGUUGUUAUUGAUAAUAAAAAUAACAUUAAAAAUAACAACUCAAGUAACAAACCUAAUUCAAAAACAAAUUCUAUUUUUGAUGAUUUAGAUAAAGUUUCCAUUCCAUAUUCAGUAGGUAAUAGAAAAUGUCCAGGUGCAUCUCUCUCUGAAUUGGCAUUAUUUUCAUUGUGUUCAAAUAUUCUUCUCAAUUUUGAACUUAAAUCAAUAGAUGGAAAACCAAUUGAUGAUACUGAGGUUUAUGGUUUAACAAUUCAUACUAAAGUACAUCCAAUUAGUUUAACACUAAGACCAUAA